AUGAUGAAAGAGAGUCGAACCAACCCCUCUUACAAGGAAACCUCUUUAAAAUCCUUGGAGCCACCGUUCACCAAAGAAGUGAUGGAAGUCCCGCUGCCCAGCAAGUUCAAGAUGCCUACUUUUGAAAGGUAUGAGGGUUUGGCUGACCCGAUCGAUCAUCUAGACACCUUCAAGGUGUUGAUGCAAUUGCAGGGUGCACCUGAUACUAUUAUGUGCCGAACAUUUGCAGUCACCCUUAAAGGUAGUGUCAGGGAUUGGUACCGAACCCUACGACCUGGAUCGAUUGACUCCUUCUUUGAGAUUGAGCAGCAGCUUACUAGCCAUUUCAUCAGCAGUCGAAGAAUUGUCAAAACUUCGGCUCAUCUGAUGAACUUGGUUCAACGAGAAUGGGAGACGUUGAAAAAAUUCAUGCACCGCUUCGUCACUACAUCCAUGAAGAUCCGCAACCUAGACAUUGGAGUGGAAUUGGCAACCCUGACCACAACCCUUCAGCCAAGGAAUUUCCUAUACUCAUUGGGGAAGAAGCCGCCAAUUGAUAUGGGAGAACUGAUGACCAGAGCACAGAAGUAUGUCAGCCUAGAGGAGAUGAUGGAUAUAAGAGAAAAUCAUAUCGAGUUGAAAAGGAAGGGUAAUAGAGAGGUCGAUGAAUCUUCCAGAGCUGGGAAGAGAUAG